AUGGCAAGCCUCAAAGAUCAAGAUGCCUACAAAUUCUACUUAGGCAAGACCAAGACUGAUCUCUCUGGCGUGUCUGGCGAUAUGACUAAGGAUGUUCUCUUUCAAACUACCAACAAGCUCAAGCACCACAUCAUCAAAAAACAUUUCGAAGAGGGAGACUUGAUGCUUGGAGGAAAGGGUGGGCGGACCUCUGCUACGGCGGCCAUUAAAGCCAUCAAAGACUUCUACCAGCCCCUUCAAACUCGUUACGAGGCGGAGCAUGCCGAUGAUAUCGUCCACCGUCCUAAGCUUCCCCUUAAGCGUGAUAAUACAGUCAAUAUGACUCAAAUGCGCGAACUACUCAAAAACAUUGGCAAAACUGGCGCAUGUGAAUGCUGUAAGGCAGAGAAGGCCGCGAAAUUUUCAAACUAA